AUGUCUGUGCACGUCCCUGACCUCGCUGGUGCCAGCGUCACACCCCCCGCUCAUUUCACAAGCAAAACUGAAGCUCAAGCUGAGGGUGACCAGAUUCCUGCUUGUGGAAAACGGGAAAUCAUCCACUCGCAUGUCACCAGCUCCAACCAAGACAUCCAGCUGCUUUUUAAUGUCAGCAGAUUCAGUCUGAAGCAGCUUUCACACUCUUCUGCUGGGAUUGGACUCUUCUGGAAACUGGACGUCAGAGAAAUGCUGUUCAUCUUUGGACUGCUGCUGCUGCUGAUACCAACUCAUACAUGUGUGGAGAUGUUCUGCAGGUUUAAUCAGACAGAUCCCUGUUACGCAUCUCUGGGACACAAACUCUAUCUGCAGAUGGUGACGGACGCUCGAGAUCAACAGCUGGCGUUAUAUAAGUGGAUCAGCGAUGUUAAAGAGAGAGUUUUUACAGUGAAGAAUAACAAGAUAAAGGAAUAUGAGGGAUAUGAAUCCAUUAGAAACAGAUCUGAGUUUAUCUUUAAUAAUGGGACUCUGAUUUUAAACAGUGUGAUCAGAUCAGAUUCAGGGACAUACAGAUUAGAGAUUUAUGAUUCAAUUGGCACACAAACACACACAAACAAUCUUCAAGUGAUUGUUGAAGCUCCUAUUGGCUCAGUGGAAAUGUCAAUCAAUUGCUCGUCCAGUGGGGAGAAGCGGGUGUCCUGCUCCUCUGAGGGGGAUCAGCUCAUCUUCAGCUGGACUCUGAAUGGACAAGAACUGGAGGAUGGAAAUAACACCAUUCAUCUGAAAGAGGAAACUUCUGGAAGCAUCACCUGCACUGUGAAGAACAGCGUCAGUCAUGGACAGAACACCACUAGUGUAGACCGAUGUCCAGGAACAACUACUGCAACUGUGACCUCACAUCUGACCUCUACAGUGACCAAUAGCAUGAAGACAUCGGGACAUGGCACGACUUUAACAGAUAAUAGUACAGCUGGUAACACAACAGGGAUUUUCUCCUCAGCUGUUUUAUCAGUCACUCUGAUUGUCUCUGGCUCAACUACUUUAACCUUUAUUCUGCUGAUCAUCAUAGUGUGUAAUACAUACAAGAAGAAGAAACAGCUCAAACUGACAGCAGAGUCAUCCUCGACUGCAGAUGUGGAGAAGAUGGAUGAGGAAGAGGUUCAGUAUGGAGAGGUGACGUUCACUCCGACUGUCUCAAACAUUCAGCAAGCGGAUAUAGAGCAUGGAGACUGUGUGUACUCUCAAGUACUGUCACACUUGUAAGACAACGAUUUGCAAGGUCUCUACGCAGUGUUCACUGUUCCCUACUCACCGAGCACUACAUAUCUGUUGAAGCUCAAUUAACUAAAUUCGUUCUUACAGAAAACCCUGCAUUGUCUUUGAACACAGACAACACUCGAGUCAUGCAUUUACAUUUAUGCAUUUGGCAGACGCUUUUAUCCAAAGUGACUUACAGUGCACUUAUUACAGGGACAAUCCCCCCGGAGCAACCUGGAGUUAAGUGUCUUACUCAAGGACACAAUGGUGGUGACUGUGGGGAUCGAACCAGCAACCUUCUGAUUAACAGCCCUGUGCUUUAGCCCACUACACCACCACCACUCCACUCACAUAACUGAUGACUGUUGCUUAAAAUACAUUUUGUUUGGUUAUUUUGUAAUAUGUGUGUUUCUUCACUUAAUUCUCACGAUAAUGGCUGUAACAGUUUCUAAACUUUUAAAGUUGUAGAAAAAAGGAACAAGAUUGUUUCAUUGAUGCUGAUUUAUUGUAAUGUACCCCCACAUUUG